GCCGUAGCAGCCCAGUACUCCACUGGAAGCCCACUGUUGCAGCCCAACUCAACUCCAGCUCUGAAGAGUUGCCCACGCUCGCGAAAGAAAUUGGAAUUUCCUAAGGAGUUUAGAGUCUGCAACAUCCCUAUUCCUCUUCUUCGUCUUGGUGUGUGUGGCAGAAUGGUGUGUGCGACGGCAAGCAGAUUUGCAGCAUCCUCCUCGGGGCUUCAUUGACGACAACUGCUCCUCUGGCUCCGUCGCUUGCUGGCCGACGCCUCCUUCGGCAGCCUGCCUCCUCCUCUGGCCUCUUCCUGGAGAUUGGUAAAGACCGAAACAACAAGAGACUACAGUUGAGACUCACAGUCACAGUCACAGUCAGAGUCAUAGCCUCAUUGAUUCAUACUCACGGGCGGUCACAAUAUAUGAAGAGGUGAGACUGCAAGUUUGCAACAAAAAGUUUAAAGAAACUCUAAGAAUCAACCUUUGCAAGAUCUGCACAGCAAGGAGAACGACGAGAGAGAGAGAGAGAGAGAGAGAGAGAGGAGCUUGGCUUGAUCUGCUACUUCAUCAACUGCAACAUGAGGAUUAGGAAGCAUGCAAAGAUCUCUUCUCUUAUGCUUUCGCAUGCUUCGACUUCUUCCCCGUCACUGCAGACACCCGUGUGCCAGCUAAACCAGUCGCCGUGGGAUGUGAUUACCUUCCCUUCUGAUUCGACCUCCUUGUCUUGCCUCCCUUCAUUUUCGUUCCUGCUUCAGAGCGAAGAAGAAGAGAGCGUCACCGCGAAUGGGAGCUUGGGAGAUUCUAUUGGAGCUGUUGAGAGUGUUGCUUCGAUGAGGAUAUCACCCGAUAGUACUGAAGAAGAAAAGCCAAACCCAAAAACGAGGCUUUAUCCCACAUUAGAGAAAGAUACUGCAAAGAAACGAGAGAAAAUAAUAGCGGAUGAGCACAAGCUGGACACCCAAUUUGAGUUCAUUAGAGGGGGAGGAGGAGAGACUAUGACCAAUAGUCCUACUAUUGCUUUGUGUUCUAAAUCAGAUGGGAGGGGUUGGCACUGCAAGAGGGAAGCUAAGCAAGGGCACACCCUAUGUGAGCAUCAUCUUGCUCAGCUUAGGUCUUACACGGCCAGUCGCCCAUCGAGCCGAAAGACUGAGAAAACGGUGGCAUCGGGCGUUGCGAUAACAUCUCACUCCACUGCCACCACCUCUUGUCCUCGUCCCAAUCGCAAGAAGCCUUUGAUUUCCACAAACCCCCAUGAAUUCUACUACUAUUCCGGAUUCGGGCCCUGGUGGGGGAAGAAGAGAGGCGGUAGCACCGGCGGAGAAUCAAACAAGACUACUGUCUCGGAGGCCACCGCGGGAACUGUUGCCUCCUUUUCGUCUCAAAUCAAUCGGACCAGCGAUAAAACUAAAGAUCUUGACUUCGUGGAGGAUGACAAUGAUGACAGAGAGGGGAACGAUGAUGGCAGACGGAAGAGAACUCGAAAGCCGGUGAAGGCGAGAUCACUGAAAUCUCUAAUGUGAUGGUGGAUUGGAGGUGGGAGUGUAGGGGUUUUGGGGUUUUGAGGUGUCUUGAUUAUCGUAAAAUUUUUUAAUGACUUUGAGCUAGAGGGUUUUAGGUGGACGUAAUACAAUGAGUUGGUUUAACGCUUAUGUUGUUUGUAUUUUGUGGUUGGUAAGAAUUGAGUUUCUCGCCCAUGAUAGGAGGGGAAUUUAUAGGCUAUGAGUUGGGUGGACUAGGAGAGUGUGUUGGUCAAAUCUUCCACGUAUAAGGUUAAUCUUGUAAAUUAUGUUAUCUGACGUGGCAUAAAUCAUUCA